UCAGCCUCAGCUGUAAAAAUCAACCUAUGAACCAACCCUUGAAGACCAAAAAUAGUGGACCAAUGGACAAAGCUAUCAAGGAAGAAAAUGAUAACCAGACUGGGGAAAAUAGCCAGGUGCCUAACUUACACCCUGCUGCAGAGCCCUGUGAUAAACAGGCGACCGCUCCAGGGUGUAACCCGCCUCUCACCGAAAGUCAGCAGAGGUCAGCUUCAGUCCCCUGUGACGCUCCGGAUAAAAAGAAAGAGAAGCCAUAUCAGACCUAUUCUCUCCGCUGGAAGUGGAAAGGCAAAACAGAACGCAACAGAGGAGAAACUGUUGAGGACUCGCUGAAGAAAAGUUCAGAGUUUAGAAAGAUUGAAGAAAAGAAAGUAGACAAAGAGCUUUUAAUUGUAAGAGACAGAAAACCUAUCAGUAAACACUUUAUAUGUAGCCUGGUUAAAAAAACCCCACUGGCUAUCAGGUAUAUUAAAGCUGCAGACAAGACAAAGCAACCAGCUAGAUAUUCUGCUCAUCGUCAAAGAAAGGGUCCAUCUGGUGAGCUUGUGGUUUUUAAUGUAUGGACAAGUGGAGGGAUGAAUAUAGUGCAUAUCUACUUUUUCAUAUAUAUGAAAAAGCCCACACUAAACACAGUCUUUGAUGAAAUUACUGUUUUUGCCUACAAAGAUGAGAAAGUGAAGCACGCUCUGAAAAGAAAUGGUCGUUUCCAGGAUGUUGUAUUUACAAAGAUCUGUGCACUUUUAAACAAGAAUAUUGAAGCAACUACUUCAAUGCACAGCCUCGUUAACAAUCUUGAUGGUAAAUAUUUCAAGAUCAUACUGCUCAAUAAGUCUGACUGUGAUGAAAACCCAGAUCCUUCAAAGUGGUCUACCAUAACUGAGUCAGUGAAUGACAACAUACCACCAAAGCUAGAUGGUAAUAUGGUUUUGGAUAAAAAAUCACAUGAGAUACCAAAUUUCAAAGAGAUGAUGCAUCAGCUGUCUUUUCAGUUUAAAGAUUUGAUAAUAAGUAAAGAACCACAAGAAUCUAAGCUUUCUUGUAUCCAGACUUUUUUCUGUGUGAAGUGUGAGAUACCAAAUUCAGAAGAGAUGAUGCAUCAGCUGUAUUCUCCAUUUUUCCCAGAUUUCAUGAAAAGUAAUAAACCACAACAAUCUAAGCUUUCUUGUAAUCAGAAUAUUUCCCAUGUGGAGUUUGGAAAGAACGCUCAAACAUGCAGGGAGGUGAAAACUAUGAAGAAGCUGACGGCUCUCAGUGAUUCUGUGUGUCAGGUGAGAGUAAAUGACACACCAGCAGGGAGUGGGUUUCUCCUGUUUGGCAGGUGCGUCCUCACAAACGCUCAUGUGGUUCAGAACAUCUAUAAUGAGAGUACAGGACAGCUUAAUGAGACGGUCACUGUCCAUUUCUCUUUCGAAAGUCUAAACCAGACGCCGUCAGGAGCAGCAGUGAAGGAGGUCGCUGGCUUUGAAUUCGGUCCUGAUGCGUCAGGGCACGAGUGUGACUGGGCUCUGUUGAGACUCGCUGCUGAUCAGAAAUUACCUGGAGCUCUCUUAAAGCACUACGGAUUUCUCCCACAAAGUGGUGCAAUUUGCAUCAUCGGGCAUCCUGACGGCGGUGUGAAAAAGAUUGAUCCGUGCUUGAUUGUUUCGACCGAAAACCGCACUCAGGUCGCGGAGAGGCAUCACCGUGAAAAUCCAGCAGGUGUUUUACCGGAAGACAAUCAUUACAGUGAGAAUCGAGGGCAUAUUCAGUUGGUGACUAACCAGUUCUUUGAGGACGUGGCAAAAGAUGUGAAUCUUAACCGACAGGCUCUGACCUAUGAGUCAUGUUUUUAUUUUGGCUCAUCCGGCUCUCCUGUGUUUGAUGAGCACUGCAACGUUAUCGCAGUGCAUUCGGGCGGAUAUGCUUACCGCAAUGUUAGGGGAGAAAGGCAGAGCGUCAUAGAGUAUGGCCAGCCUUUGUCCUUAAUUAUCGAACACAUAAUUGUCCAAAUGGUGGAAAAAGGAAGGUUUGAUGUGUUGAAGGAGUACUUGGCUUGCGAUUAUGCGCGACACCCAAACACGAUGAGCAGUUUAAAGAAACUGGUUGAGAGCAGAAAUCUCACUGCAUUUAAGAAUGCAGUCAACAAUUUACCGUCCACAAGUGACGAGAGUUUGAAGACGUUCUUUGAAUUCUUCUCUCAAACAGAGGCACCUGUCCCAAUGGACAUUGAUUGAGCGUACACAGGUGGUCAUUUCAGACAUGAUCAACAAAGUCUGUCAUGUCUGUGUUUAUAUGUCAGGAUGCUUUUUUAUUAUUGUGAUUGUUUUAUUUGCCUUUAUUAUUGCACAGCUGGAGAGUGACAGGAAAGAAGGGACAACUUAUGUUUCAAAGCACGGUCGUGAUCAUUCAAGCAGGGAUUGGGUGAAAUAUAUCAUACAAAACUUUGUUUUAAGUAACCAUAAUCUGUUUUAAAAUAAAGUUAAGUGGUUUCUCUGUAACCAUUUUUAGUCACGCUAGUAUCUGUGAAUGCCAGUUUUUGCAUAUUUUUUGUUCAGCAGCUGUCAAAUCACUGACAGUUGGUUCAGUGCAUCUCUUUUUCAGUAUUUGUGUUUUUUCUGUUUUUAAAAUGUUUUUGGUAUAAGAUUUUUUUUGAAACCCAAUUAUGAUAUCAG